AGAGCCGUAAAGCCAGUUAUAUAAAAAAUCACUUCACUUAUCACUUAUCAGUCAAUAAAAUAUUUUGUAAAAAUUUUUUUUUUAUAAAUUUACUAAAUACAUUUAAUUUAAUGUAAUAACAAUUUAUCUUUUGCAGUUAAUAAUCAAUUAUGUGCUAAUUACCGUAAUUAACUAUUGAACCUGAAAUGUUGCUGAGUUUAGGUUUGUUGGUGUUGACCGGGAUACUUUGGGGUUGUACCAAUCCUUUUAUCCGCCAGGGUACUAAAGGCCUGCGUUCGGUGCAAGCGGGAACAAGGCUUGGUCAGGCUUACGCCGAAAUCGUUUUUCUUUUGGGUAAUUGGCGGUAUGUAGUGCCUUUCCUGGUGAACCAGUGCGGGUCCCUAGUAUACCUGAUGGCAGUACAUCGCGCUCCACUGUCGCUAGCUGUACCUGCCUCAAACAGUUUAUCCUUUGCCUUCACUGCAAUCACGGGCUCUGUUAUUGGCGCCGAGGAACCCUUGGACUAUGGUUCAAUCCUAGGCAUAGUGUUUAUAGUGAUCGGAACUGCAUUAUGUUGUUGGGACAAAAGUUACUGAAGUCGAAGCAUGGUUCCCUCAGGAACUUUAUGGGAUUUUUUACUACUGAUAGCUUCAAUGAUAAGUUAUAGUAUUAACAGCCAGUUUGCAUUGCGUAAUAUAAAGAUAUUAGGAUAUAAUGUAAAAGAAUAAUUUAUAUUCAACAUAGAUUACAAGUAAUACUUAUUAAAAACAUUUUUGCUUUUACCACUGGUUCGGGAACUGCACUGUGAAGAACCAGCGAAAAACGCAGCGGGAUUCUAAGGCCCUUCUCCCAUUACGAUACUUGUAAGGUACGAUACUCGAGUAGAAUACUAGUUGGAUACUUGUUCGCUACCCGACGCUCGCAUAUUAUGCUACUGAAAAAUGACUAAAUUUAUCAUUUGUGCAAACUCGUUUUUGUGGACGGACGUUAUGUCGAGCGAUUCUAGUGACGAAGAAGCACUUGCAGCUUUUCUGUUUUAUAGAAACAGAAGACGUCAACGCAAGAGUAGAAAAUACUGGAUUCAUCCAUAUAUUGAAAGAAACAUAAAUUGUAGAGUUUUUGUAGCCGCACAAGAACUACAACAUGAUGAUAAUAAAUUUUUGUCUUUCUACCGAAUGUCUAAAGAGACCUACCUGCAUCUUGUUACAUUAAUAAAGCCUGCUAUACAUCAACGAAAUACUAUAUUUAGAGAGUGUGUUAGUGCGGAAGAAAGGAUUCUGAUAACCCUAAGAUAUUUGGGAUCAGGUUGUUCAUUUGUAAGCCUAGGAUUGUAUUUUGCAAGAGGAGAUAAUACAAUUUGCAAGGUCAUAGCUGAAACUACAGUUAUAAUAUGGGAGAUAUUAAAUAGAGACUAUAUGCCAUUACCAAAUGUGCAACAUUGGAAAGACAUUGCUGCUCGUUUUGAUCGCCUCUGGAAUUUACCCAACUGCUUAGGGGCAUGUGAUGGUAAACACAUCAGAAUAGAAAAAUUACCUAAUUCGGGAUCAAGUAAUUUUAAUUACAAAUCCUACCAUUCGAUAGUAUUAAUGGCAUGUUGUAAUGCCGAUGGAUUAUUUACUGUUAUCGAAACUGGCUAUGCUGGUAGGAACAGCGACGGUGGAAUCUUCAGUGCUUCCAGGAUCAAACGUUGGAUUGAACAUGGACGUCUUAAUAUUCCUUUACCUUCCAAACUUCCUAAUGACCCAUCUAACUAUGAAUUUCCAUACUAUUUUAUUGGGGAUGAGGCAUUUCCCCUUCUAUCUUACUUCAUGAGACCAUAUCCCCAAAGAACCUUAAAUGACUUGAGAAGGGUGUUUAACUACAGAAUAAGCCGAGGGAGGAAUACAAUUGAAUGUGCUUUUGGAAUGAUGACUGAGAAAUUUCAAGUAUUAAGUACAGCUAUAAGAUGUCAUACAAUAGAAAAAGUAUCAAAUAUAAUAAAAGCAGUGUGUAUUUUACACAACUUUGUUCGACAACAUGAGGGUAUUCUAUAUAGUCCAAGGGAGGUAAUACAAAACAGAUCGGUCACUAUUCCCGUUACUAUGACUAUACAACCUCAAAAUAUAGAAAUAACUGCAACUAUGUCACCACACAACCAACGAAAUUAUUUAGCAAACUACUUUAUAUCUGAGCAAGGUUCAUUGCCUUGGCAAUACCAAUACUGUUUACAAAAUACAAUGUAACAUUGAUUAAUAAACUACUUAUUAUGUAU